AUGUCCUACUCCAUACUACGGGUGUGCACCACGAAGGCACCCCUACAGAAUGCUACAUUGCGACACCCCCCAUCGACUUACCCAAAGGAAAAGGCUCUGCUCUUCCUACCGGACUUUCUCGGUGUCACGUUCAGGAAUGCCCAGCUCAUCGCGGAUGACUUUGCUCAGAAUGGGUACAGCAACUACCUUACAAAAGCGACCGCACCCCUGCUUAUCAACCUCUGCGAAAUCGACCCGCCGUUCCCGCCCGACUUCCAAGCAAGCGCGGGCGAGAUCCUGAAAACCAAGUUCGUACCCGAGUAUCACCGUGAGCACUGGGUGGGCUGCAAGCACGAGUUAAGCGUGCGCGGGGACAUCCAGGAUCCCAUGGUCAAGGCUGCGAAGGAAGAGUCGUUCGUGAACGCUGUCGAGUGGUUGAAUGAGUACGUUUAG